UAGACAGAGCCAGAUAGCGCCAAUAGCCUCUCCGAAAAUAAAUAGUCGCCAUUUUGAUAACGCCGUUUAUAACCAACUCAUAGUUACUUAGUAAAAGUGAAAAUAUAUUUGUUAAAGACAAAUACUCAGUGAUUAUAUAUUAAUAAAAAAAAUUAUAACCAGCUUGUAACCUCGAAACUCUAAAAUAACUGCCGGCUAGUCUGCGAAUAAAUAAUAAUAUACCGAAAUUUAAACACAGGAACAUGAGCCCAUUAAAUAGAGGACCUUUGAUGCCGCCACGGAUGCCUCCAGUAGGUAUGAGACCUCCACCACCGCGCUUCGGGCGACUUCCAAUGCCUGGAAUGCCUCCGAGGAUGCCUCCACCUCCUCCGCCUAUGGGGCCAGCUUUUGGACCGAUGCGCCAGCGGAUGCCUCCACCACCACCCAGACCUGGCUCGAUGAUGCGUCCAGGACCUGGAGGCCCUCCACCAAUGCCUCUUUUCGCACCUAGAACUCGAGGACCACCACCACUUAUGAUGAUGGGUCCCCGAGGUAUGGGCCCACGCGGACCGCCAAUGAGACCUGGACCCAGAGGAAUUUUACCCCCACAGGGUCUACCACACAUGAGACCGAGGUUCCCGCCUGGAAAUGGAGUUAUUAAAGCUAAAUCUAUGAAUAAUCCCAAAAAAGGCAACAAAUUAGAGGAAAUGGAAUUAAAAAAACCUUGGAUGACGGAUGAAAUACGAGGUGAAGUCCAGCGUAAAAACAAACUUUACGCAAAAGCCAAAAAAAAUAAAGACGCUAAAGAGUGGGAAGAAUUCAAAGAUCUCAGGAAUAAAGUAACACGUAUGAUAAAAGACGCUAAGAAUGAGUAUUUAGCUAAGAAUCCUGACCAGGCAGCCUUGUACCAAGAUGAUGAAAAUUAUCACGAUCUGCGUGAUGAAAAUAAUCUGAGUGAGGAUGAAGAAAUUAUUUUUUACUGUGAAAUAUGUGAUCGUGAGUUUGUAACUGAGAAACUCCUCGAAGAUCACAAUAGCACUCACAAAGUUUGUGGGAUCGACGGAUGUGAGUUUUCGGCACAUCCGAAAUUAGUCGACAAACAUAUCGCUAUGCAACACCGCACUGGAUAUUUUAGUAAAUUAAAAAAUUUGAGCACACCUGAAGAUAUUGAAAAAUGGAUCAACGAACGUAAACGGAAAUAUCCAACGAAGAAUAAUGUUGACGCGAGAAAAGCCGAGCAAGUUGAAAAAAUAUCUCGGGGAGAAAUAAUUAAAGAUACAAAGCCGAAAACAAAUAUCCGGAAUGAUAACAAGAACAAGAGAAGGAAGAAAAAAUUGAGAAAAAGACCAGAUGCUAAAUCUGAAGAGGUUGAGGUCGAAGAAACUUGUCAAGGAGUCAAACCGUUCAAAGGCAUCAAAAUGAUGAUCAGUGAAGACGAAUCAGACGGUGAUGUAGCAAAAGAAGAGUCACUAUUGGAGAAUCAUUUCACUGAUGAUGAAGAUGAAGUUCCAACGACGAACGCACCACUGGAACCAGUUAUUAAAUCAAUCAGUAGUUUGGUUGCUGAUUACGGUAGCUCAGAAGAUGAACCACCUGAAGAAAUUCCAAUUAAAAAAGCGAAAAUAGAAGAAAUUGAUGUGAAUCAAAAGCCAAUAUCUUCAAAUACAACAGAUAACCAAUUUCAGGAUGUUAAAACUUCGCCACAAUUAGAUAAAACUAGUAAAAGAUCUAAUAAAAAUGAUCUAAAACACAACAACAGCAACAAUAAUAAAAAUAGCAAAAACAAAAAUACUAGUCAUAAUAAUAAUAACAAUAUUACUAGUCAAUCAGACAAACGAAAAAAUUUAUAUCAAAGACAUGCUUUAUUAGAGCAGCUAUUGUCAAAGUCUAUAGCUCAUGAACGAAACUACAUUUGCCAAUGUUUAAAAUAUAUUGUGGAUAAUAACUUUUUCGAAAAAAAAGAAUCUUGAAGGUGUAUAUUACUAUAUUUA